CAGGAACACCAGAUUGCCAUCCCUGGGGAACAGAAUGCAACCGGGGAUCUAGAGAGCUGUCACAUUCCAAGAAAUAUUUAAAUUGUGCUGAUUUUCUUCUGGAGAACUGAGCCCAGGGAAUGAAACUCUCCAUCAAGUCAUAGCUUUGCGGGCAAUAGAUCAGAGGAUAUUGCCAGUUUUCUAAUGGAUUAUUGUUAUCGGGCAGGUUUUCUCUGAAGGGACUGGAGAUCAGCCAGAUCAGUCGUAUGCACAAAGCCACUUUGGGUCUGUCUUUUCAAACAAGAGCUGCAGAAAACGUUAUAGCAAGGUCGAAGCUUUAUUCCACUCUGACUCACCCAGAAAGCACAACCCUGAUUUUGCAUAAGAACAGCUAUCAACAGACCCUAAAACGAAAGAAUGUUUAAAUUUCACCAAGUGAAACAUAUUUUUGAAAUACUAGAUAAAAUGCGAUGCCUGCGAAAACGUUUUACGGUCUCAUUCUUGGGAGUUCUUGUCAUUUUCCUACUGUUUAUGAACUUGUACAUUGAAGACAGCUAUGUUCUGGAAGGAGACAAACAGCUUGUAAGGGAAACAUCCAUCCAUCAGCUGAACCCAGAACGCUAUGUGCAUACUUUCAAAUAUUUAUCUAAUUUCUCAGGAACCAUCAAUGUCACCUAUCGCUACUUAGCUGUCAUGCCUUUUCAAAGAAAGAGGUUUCUUACAAUUGGACUUUCAUCAGUGAGACGAAAAAAAGGAAACUAUUUACUUGAGACAAUCAAGUCCAUUUUUGAGCAGUCGAGCUAUGAAGAGCUGAAGGAAAUUUCAGUGGUGGUUCAUCUAGCUGACUUUAAUUCCUCCUGGCGUGAGGUCAUGGUUCAAGAUAUUACACAGAAAUUUGCCCACCAUAUUAUUGCAGGAAGAUUAAUGGUCAUACAUGCUCCAGAGGAAUAUUACCCAAUCCUGAAUGGCCUUAAAAGAAAUUAUAAUGAUCCAGAAGAUAGAGUCAGAUUUCGUUCCAAGCAAAAUGUAGAUUACGCUUUUUUGCUUAAUUUCUGUGCCAACAUUUCAGACUAUUAUGUGAUGCUUGAAGAUGAUGUUCGCUGUUCAAAGAACUUCCUAACUGCCAUCAAGAAAGUCCUUACCUCCCUACAAGGAACUUAUUGGGUGACACUCGAGUUCUCUAAGCUUGGCUAUAUUGGAAAACUUUAUCACUCUCAUGAUCUCCCACGUUUGGCACAUUUUUUAUUAAUGUUUUAUCAAGAAAUGCCUUGUGAUUGGCUACUGACUCAUUUCCGGGGCCUGUUGGCUCAGAAAAAUGUGAUUCGUUUUAAACCAUCUCUCUUUCAGCACAUGGGUUAUUAUUCAUCAUAUAAAGGAACAGAGAAUAAGCUGAAGGAUGACGAUUUUGAAGAGGAGUUAAUUGACCUCCCUGAUAACCCCCCUGCAAGUCUGUAUACCAACAUGAGUGUUUUUGAAAAUUAUGAUGCAAGCAAGGCUUACAGCAGUGUGGAUGGAUACUUUUGGGGGAAACCACCUUCAACAGGAGAUGUCUUUGUGGUUGUUUUUGAAAAUCCGGUUAUUAUUAAAAAAAUUAAAGUGAGUACUGGAACAGAAGAUCGACAAAAUGACAUUUUGCACCAUGGAGCCCUAGAUGUUGGGGGAUAUAUUAGAUAUUUCAAGCAAAAUAGACAGUGUAUUACUUACAUAAGACUAGGGGAAUUCAAAAAUGGAAAUUUUGAAGUAUCUGAUGUAAAUCAAAAAAUUCCAUUUGAUGUACAUUGUAUGAGGAUACACGUUACCAAAACACAAAAGGAAUGGCUGAUUAUUAGGAGUAUUAGCAUUUGGACUUCUUAGCCGAUUAAGUCAAUAUGUCCAUGAAACAGGACUUCCUGUUUCCUUUUUUUGCUACCUUCCUCUUUUGCUACCUUUGUCCUUUGGAGGGAAAGCAAUGGAUGGGAUAUUUAAAAGUUCCGUCACUUUGGAAGUUUUGAUUUACACCUUGUCAACAUAAUUUUACUCUAAUACAAACUUAAAUUUAUUUUAACUUCUGAAGUUGAAUAUCCGUCCAUAGUCAAUGAUACUUUUAUUUACAUUUCACUGUUAUGUUACUUGCAGAAUUUCAACUGAAUGUGAAAAAGGUGACAUGAAGGAUUUAAAAUGAGAAAAUGUAGUUUGUUGGACAGUGAAUCUUGAAAAGUAUUUGCCAGCUGUAGGCACUUAGUCAAGAAUUUAUUAUAUCAUCAGACAGUUUUAUUAAGCAUCUCUGUGGCUAUGCAGUUGGGUACAAUAAUAAUCUAUGAGUUUUUUUCCUUGUAAACUUAGGUUUCCAUACACUUCUAUACAUCUGCAAUGCAUACCUCCUCAUAGAAGCACUGUCUUUAACAGGAAUUUUGUGUAGGUGGCAAUGGAAAGAAAAAAAAGACUUAAAAAUAUUUCUCCCCUGAUUACUUAUACAAAGGGGACCUUGUUCAAUGUAUAAAAACAUUUGAACAUCUAUUGCCAAUAAAUUUUCUGUGGGAAGCUGUCUUUUUCUAGUUUCCCUUUUGCAAAAUGAAUAGUUAUGCUCUAUAUUUUCAGGUUACAUUGGGUACCUGCAUUUAAUAGAAGAAAAUAGAGAAGGCCUGUAGUUAGUUCAUUCUUACAAACAUUUUUUUAGUAUAUGCAUAAAUUUUUGGAAUUGAUUUUAUACGUUUUGUAUUAAAAUUCAAAUGACUGAAAUCAUUGUGAUUUAUCAUAUAUUUUUUUGGAGUUUAAAUGGACAUCUUAUGAAGGAGAAAAGUAAGAAACAAAAAUCAUUUGAUUUUUCCAUAUUCAGAGCUAGUUAAUAGCAAAGCUAGAAUGAGAGAUCCAGACAAUAUUCUUUCCUUAUGUAGAGAUUGCUCUUCACAUAAUUUAUGCUUUCUGUUCUCUGGUACCUGAGGCUCAGAUAAUAAGUUAUUCUAUCUGGAAAUAGCUGGUAUAAUUCUUCUGUAAGUCAUGUUAUCAUUCUGUAAAAUAAUCCUAAAAUGUGCUAAACAAUGCUGUUGUGGUAUAUGCACCCAAAUAGUAAGCAAACUUGUCUAAAUUUUACUACGAGAGACUUGACCAUAGUGUCUACACCAUGGAUCUAAUGAAAGCAAUCCAGGGCACUUUAGUGUAUCCUAAAAUCAUUGUUUUGUCAGAAUAACAUACAUUUGUCUCAUCCUUUUGUUUUUUUUUGACAAACAGAAAAGAUAAAGAAUUUUUUAUGAAGAGAAAUAAAGAAAACUUCAUGGAUGUUAAUGGAGAGAUAUAUAUACUACAUUUUCAUGGAUGAAUACACACAUGUAUGUAUGAAGAGAGAGAGAGAUACAAGACUUUGAUAGUGAGAAGGAAUAAGGAAUUCCUCUUGUUCUAGCUUCCAUCCUGAAACAAAAUCCUUAGCACUCACUACUGUAACACAGUCCAAAAAUAUUUUAUCGAUUCUGUCCAAAUCAAUUAAACUCAGACUUAAAAAUUGGGAAUUUUUUUAUUAAUACAAUGGCUAGUAUGUAUUUUCUUUGCACCCAGAUGCUACAUUAGAGGUAACAAUGAACCCAUAAAUAUCAAUGUGUUGUGGCAGAUCUAAGUCUUAAAGUCAUAAAAAAAGAUGAAUACUGCCUCCAAACUAUUAUUUUUACUUUGAUUUGAAGGAUGCUUGCCAGCUACUUAAAGGUGUUCUGUUUUCUUGACUUUCCUCACCCUCUUUUAUUAACAAGCUAAUCAUAUAGUAUUCUACACAUACCUCAGAAAUUUUUUUGCACUUUCAAUGAUAAAAGGUACAUGACAAAGACAUACAAUGUCAAGACCUAGGUAGACUCUAUGAAGUGAGCUGUAAAUUUUACAUGUUCUUCUGGGAGGCUUUCCAAAGACCAACUAUUGACAUCAACUUCUGGAAAACACUUCAAGAAGGAUUACUGAGAGUAACAGUGAAAUUUGAUGUUUGCUAGAGAAUUAUAAAUGCAAGUAAACCAAAUAGGUCAUAUUUCAUCUUAAAUUUUAUCCUUUCGUUAUUAAAACUGGGUUUGGAUAAGCUGGUCAAUCACCUAAGAAUAUCUUUAUAUUUUUGUUUCUUUUUUUUUGUGGGUUGACUGUGAGUCAACUUUCCAAGGAAAAGGCUUUGACAAAGAAAGCUUCUCUGCUAUGGAUUGGAAGGAUAAAUAACCUUUCUCUUUUAAAAAGAAAAUCUGACCAUACAUUUUUUACAUGGUUCAAUUGCAUUUCCUAUAUUUAAAAAUUCUGAACAAGAUUCCAGGAAUCUUGUCUCAGAAGCACAAAGCAAAAAAGGACAGUUAGGGAGCUCCCGUUGUGGUGCAACAGGAUCGGUGGCCAUCUUCGGAGCCACUGGGAUGCUGGUUUGAUGCCCAGCCUAGCCAGUGGGUUAUGGAUCUUGCACUGAAGCAGCUGCAGCUUAGGUUGUGAUUGUGGCUCUGAUCCCUGGCCUGGGAACUCCAUGUGCUGUGGGGCAGCAAAAAAUGAC